AUGAUCCAAGAGAACUACAAGGACGAUAGUGAAAAAUACAACAGUAAAUAUGGAGAAUAUAAUUAUUACAAGAGUUAUAUAAGAGAUAUAAAAGGCAAGUAUAUGGAUUUUGGAAAUGUGCAAAGAGAUAGCCCCAGCGGCAGGUAUUUUAAUGACCAUCGAAGGAACAAUAAUUACUACUACCGCAAUCGGCAGGACAACCUGCACAACAGCGCAUACAGGAAUUCGUACAGAAAUUCGUACAAGAAUUCAUAUAAAAAUUUUCACAAGGAUUUGUACCACAACGGGUACCACGACUCGCACAACCACGUGUACAAUAGCGGCUUCAAGCUGCUAAAGGGGAAAAGAAUCAGGAGCUCCAACAGAAGCAGCAACUCCAGCCGGAAAGGAAAGCUCCUUAAGAAAUUUAAAAACUAUGAUGUGGACGAUAAUAUGAUGAGGGUGUAUAAAAAUGGGAAGAAACGAAGCUACUCGUCGAUGAGGCAGAUAAGUGACCAUGAACAAAGACACCAUAAGGUGUAUCUAGAAUCCAAGUACCACCACGAAGAUUAUCAAAAUAAUUAUGCAGAAGGAUAUAACUCGACCAGAAAAAGAAAAUACUAUUCGUACAAAAAGAAAUUGUAUAAUAGUGAUAAGAGAAGAAACUACGACACCCACUUUGGACACGGAAAUAUCUUUUACAAUAAUGAAUAUUACUUAUUUAACGAUGGCUCUAUGUUGAAGAAGAAAAAAAUGUAUUAUGGUAAUAAAAAUAGCUUUAGAACAAAUUCUAAAAGCUAUAAUGGUCACCCAGACAGGAUGAAUAAUAAAAGGAAAGGUUCCUACCGAAAUGGGAAGUGUAAAGCGACUGCUGGGCAUCAGAAGGAGACAGGUAGUUUCGGAGGGGGACCAAGUGCAAGCAGCGCCACGAGUGCAGCUACCGAAGUGGGAGCAUGCAGCUAUAAGGACAAGGAUGAAAAAUCGAAUAAAUCAUUCAAGUUAAAACAUACAGAUACGACGCGAGAUGAUGGUACAGGUAAAUCGUAUGUGAGGGGCGAAAGUAUGGGGAAUAGGAGGAACCAAGCUGCGUGCAUUGAUAAGGAAAAAGGCUCACAGCAGUCCCUCCGUAAGUAUACUAGAGGGGAAAGGAAAAGGAAAAAGGCUCCCAACAGUUAUAGCGGUACGAGGAGUGGACGUCGGAGCAGGAGAAGGAGUAAGCGAAGGAGCGCGCAACGAAGAAGACGAAGAAGAGAUAGCACUAGCAGCAAUGAAGAAACAGGCUCAAGUGCUUUGUCACGAAGAGGUAGUAGCUACUCUUCACAUGAAAAUAAAAAAAAACACCAUGCCGAUAGGUACAGUAGUGAAUCGUACAAGUAUACCCCCUCCGAUGAAUCAACGGAUGAUGUAUCUUCUAGAAAAAAAUACAACCACAAAAGAAACAGAACAAAAAUUUCAGAUAUGGAAGAUAAUAACAAUAGGAAGAAAAAAAAGAAGAAAAAAGAAAACUGCGACUCAGAUGACGAAAUUGUACAUUUUAGUUGGAAAAAGGGAAUGCUCCUAAACAACUGUUACGUGGUGAUACGAAAAAUGGGGGAGGGAACCUUCGGACGAGUUCUUCUCUGUCAGCAUAUGGACACAAAAAAGUAUUACGCGGUGAAGGUAGUACGAAAUAUUAAAAAGUAUACCAAAUCCGCAAAGAUAGAAGCAGAUAUUUUGAAGAAAAUUCAAAAUGAUGAUUUUAAUAAUAAUAAUAUUGUCAAAUAUCAUGGACGGUUUAUGUACUACGAUCACAUGUGUCUGGUAUUCGAACCCCUGGGUCCAUCUCUGUACGAAAUUAUCACCAAGAAUAACUACAACGGAUUUCAUUUGGAAGACAUCAAGCUUUACUGCAUUGAAAUGUUGAAGGCAUUAAAUUACCUCCACAAAAUAUCUUUAACGCACACCGAUUUGAAACCAGAAAAUAUUUUGCUAGAUGACCCAUAUUUUGAGAAAACCUUAGUGAGUGUUAGAAGACCUACAGAUGGAAAACGGGUUCAGAUUUAUAGAACCAAAUCUACGGGCAUCAAAUUAAUCGAUUUUGGUUGUGCCACUUUUAAGGAUGGAUACCAUGGGUCUAUUAUCAACACAAGGCAGUAUCGUGCUCCGGAAGUUAUUCUAAAUUUGGGAUGGGAUGUCUCAAGUGAUAUGUGGAGUUUUGGUUGCGUGUUGGCUGAAAUGUACACAGGAGAUCUUUUGUUCAGAACCCAUGAGCAUUUAGAACACUUAGCUAUGAUGGAAGCUAUCGUUCAGCCAAUCCCCAAAAAAAUGAUAUGCGAUGCCGUUAGAACUAAUGGGGCCAAAUAUAUAAAUAGGGAUGGUCUUAGAUUGGCUUGGCCAGAAAAUGCUUCUAGUUUUGAGUCUAUUAAGUACGUUAAGAGAUGCCUCCCUCUGUACAGACUUAUAAGGAAUGAGUUGUUUUUCGACUUCUUGUAUAGCAUACUGCAGAUCGACCCCGCGCUGAGGCCGACCCCCGCCGAGCUCCUGAAGCAUAGGUUUCUGCAGGAGAGUUAUGAAUACUACUAG